AUGGAUAAAAUUGAACAAAGAGCGGUGAUAAAGUUUCUUCAUGUGAAGGGCACGAAGAGGAAAGAUAUCUAUGACGAGUUAAAGAAUGUUUUGGGUGAAUGUGCUCCUUCUUAUGCCACAAUAAAAAACUGGGUGGCUGAGUUUAAACGCGGUCAUUCAUGUGUCCAAGAUGAAGCCCAACCCGGACGUCCAAAAAGCGUCACGACUCCGGAAAUGGUCGUGCAAGAACAUGAUAUAGUUUUAACAGAUCAACGAUUGAAGUUAUCUGAAACAGCUGACACUACAGAGACUUCUAUGAUGAAGAAAUAUGCUGUAAUGAAAAUUAAAUCCUCAUACGACAUAUUCCUGGACACUUACGGGCGGUACUCUUGUGAGACCCUCAGUCAAUUUGUUGGACCUAUAAUUUUAGCUCAAUCAUAG